AACAGUUAUUUUACGUAUGUGGUGGUCUUGCUGAGCGACCGAUGAAGAAAACAUAGGGGAUACUGUUAUCACAGCUGAGAUGAUGCCAACCUUUCCGCAGACAGUGGGACUGGACGAAGCCAGGUGCCUUACUCAUUUAUGGCGUCAGUCUGCUGUAUUUGAACGAUGUACGCAGCUGCUUCUGCAUCCCACUGUUACUUUGUGGUGAGAAGGCACGAAUUCAGCCAGACACCCGAGUUGAUGGAAAUGACACCGCACUGCUCCAAAUUCAUCCGCUUGAGCGAAGGAGGAUAGCCCGACAGGCGGACACAUCCUCGUGUUUUGGUGUUUUUAAACACAACAACAACAACAACAACAACAAACGUUUCACCGCCCUGCAUCCAUCCGACUCCCACACAGCCAGGCAGUAACGUCGUAUUUGUGUCUCAUCACUUUGCAGAGAUGUCCUUCACAAUGGAGGAUAAUUUGGAGUCGGGGUGGGUGGCUGUGCGCCCUAAUGCGUUUGAGGAAAAGGAAAAGCAUAAAUUUGUUUUUAUCGUCGCGUGGAAUGAGGUGGAGGGUAAAUUUGCCAUCACGUGUCAUAACAGGACGGUGCAGAGGAGAAGCUUUGGCAGCAGGGAGGCAACCAGUCAGGAUGGGGACAAAACAAAAUGGCCCGGAAGUCCCUGCAGGGAUAAAGUGUCCAAAGGAGCCUGCAGGGAGGCCAAAAACAGGUCACCUUCCAUGACAGCAUCAAAACAAAGUCCUGUUAAAACUGUGAUCAAAUCUGCGCCAUCCCCCGUCAGUCCUGACACAGAGGUGUUGAGGUCACCAAAAGAGGACCAGUUGUCCCCUUCACUGGACAGCUUGGACCUGGAGGAGCUGGACAGUCUAUGCAGGGAGGACUGCAGCUGGGCAGGGCUUUUUUCCUUUCAGGACCUUCGAGCGAUCCACCAGCAGCUGUGCUCGGUGAAUUCGGACCUGGGACCCUGCCUCCCGGUCUUUCCGGAGGAACCAGCCGGGAUGUGGACGGUGCUGUUCGGUCCGGCUGAGGUGUCAGGGAGCGAAAUGGAUGAGCUGUGUUACAGUUUACAGGUGUACAUGGGCCACGCGCUCGAUACUUGUGGCUGGAAGAUCCUGUCGCAGGUGUUGUUCACAGAAAACGACGACCCGGAUGAGUACUACGAGAGCCUGAGCGAGCUGAAGCAGUCUGGGCACGAGGAAGCGCUCAACCGUGCCACAAAACAUCUGCAGGAGCUGAUGGAGAAGCACAAGACGGUGGACAGCAUGGUGGAGCUGUUGGAACUGUAUGAGAAGGAGGACCAGGCCUAUGGAGGCUUGCUGGAGGCCUCCACACAGCUGUACCAGUACCUGCUGCAACCCUUCAGAGACAUGAGGGAACUAGCUAUGCUACGCAGACAGCAGAUCAAGAUCUCUCUGGAGAAUGACUAUUUGGGCCCAAGGCGGAUUGAUGCUCUAAAAAAGGAGGACUCCGACUGGCAGAAGAAAGCUCAGGAGGCAGUCCUCAACAUCCAGGAGUUUACUGUAAAAUACUUUGAGAUCACUGCCAGAGCUCAGAAAGGAGUGUAUGAACGUAUGAAGGUGGAUCAACGUAAGUUUGGGAAGGCUUCAUGGACAACAGCGGUGGAGCGCAUGGAGAGACUCCGCUACUCUGUCGCCAAGGAAACCCUGCAGCUCCAGAGAGCUAGGGAGAUCUGUCUGGAACAGAGGAAACACACACUUCGAGAUGAGAUGCAGAGCCUGUGUAGCAGUGAGGAUGCAAUGGCCCUCUUAGACCACAUGGAGUCAAAGUACUAUGAGCUCCAGCUCCAACUGUAUGACAUCCAGGCUGAGAUCCUACAGUGUGAAGAGCUUCUUCUCACUGCUCAACUAGACAGCAUCCGCAGACAGAUGACAGAGCGUCAGGAUGAGGUGGUGUACUAUGACACCUUUGAAAGUGCAGAUGAUAUAACAGAGGACGAUACUACAGAGAGGGAAGAGCUGCGCAAACUUCAGGUCAGCGCUCGACAGCUGGAGGCACGAAGGGGGCGCAUCACUGCCAAGCGCUCCUAUCUGAGGAACAAGAGGGAGAUCUGUGUAUCAAACCACACUCAGAAGCAGCAGAAACGUCAAACCAUCCAGAAAGACUCCGAAUUGUACCAGCUGAAAAAUGAAGAAGAGGAAGAUGAAGAGAGGAAGAAUAGCAGAGUUAGUCAAGAGAGACAGAGAACUCUGGACAGACUACGCACUUUCAAACAACGGUACCCAGGUCAGGUGAUUCUGAAGUCUACUCGACUACGUGUAGCCCACACAAGAAGGAGAGAGCGAGGGAGGAUUAUGGAAAUGGGUGGUGGGAGCGAGAGACAGGAGCGUGUGGACACUGUUUGUGUUCAGACGCAGGGCCAGCCUCUGUGUCUCAGUACCAGUGUGCAGACAGACCCCAGCCCCAGCUCCACACUCACCACUCAGCCCAUUACAGCCUUCACAGCAUCACUUCCACCGCUGCCAGUGCCCAGCCCUGCAGACUCAACCUGCUCUCCCUGCUCCCUGUCCUCACUGCUGGCAUCACCCAUGUCCCCUCCUCCUCCACCUCCCCCUCCUCCUCCCCUCCCAUCAAAGGAGCAGUUGUCUCCCUCCGGUAGCCCAGGCCGCCUGGGGCAGAAGGCUGAGGAAAAGAGUGCAGCAGACGAGCUCUGUCUCUCCCCACUCGGCCCAUUCAUCCCUCGCUUCUUUGACAGCAGCCAACUGGAGAGUGCACGGAAAAAGCUGAGGAAGAUUCCAGAGUUUGAGGCCCAGAGUAGAAGAGUGAGCUCACCUAUGGACGAGGUGCUGGCCUCCCUGAAGAGAGGCAGCUUUCACCUGAGAAAAGUCGACCAGCGGUCCCUGCUUCCUGCCAAGGGUGACGAUGACCCCAACAGCAUCUUAGCUCAGAUCCGCAAGGGGGUCAAACUGAGGCAAGUCCCCCAGAAAGAGAAAACAGACCAUGGAGAGUACCCAGCCUCCACUGACCCUCUGACCAGGAGCAUCCAUGAGGCUCUGCGUCGCAUCAAAGAGGCCUCUCCAGACUCUGACUCAGAUGACGAUGGGCUGGCCGGCCCAGACUGGGAAAGCUAGGGGUUGAAGGGUCAAACACAACAAAUAAAACACACAGGGAUGUCUGCACCCUCUGCACACGCUGCACUGUAAUGCACUGUGUGUGCUCUGCGCUAUACUACACACACACACACACAUACACACACACACACACACACACACACUCACACACAGUUACUCACUCGCACACAAGCAGACACAGCCCAUUCACACAUGUACCCAGUGACUUUACCAGGGCCUGAGUCAUACUGAAUAUCACCAACUCACCAAAUGCUCCAAAGGUCUAUGGUCAACCUGUUCAUCCGUUUUGUUUUUACGCACUGCAUCGACCAUCAUGACAGACAUUGUUGUUUAUUUCUACUGUAUGUUAUUCUGGUUUUAUUUCUAUAAUCAGACUGUAAUGAUGCCAUGUUUAUUUGUAUUUUUCAAUUGUACUGUCAAACAGCUCUGCACUGGCCCUGUGUGGCUACAUUAACAGUCAGAAAUCGCACAUGCCACAGUUUUUAUCAACACACUGCACUGACAGUUAUAUGUGAAAAUGAAAACCUCAUACAGAAAUCUAUGAGUGUUGUGAGGUGUGUGAUCUUUUCUUCUCACUCCAAAGCAUUAGAGCAUGAGAAACUGUAACAACUGUAACAAAUCUAUGUAAUGAGUAUGGUUUGUAAUUUAGGGUCAUGCAGGAGAUUGAAAACACAUAAGAUCCCACUGAGAUUUGAACUGGGAUCACUAGAUUCACAUUGUGGAGUGUUAACCAUGAAACGUCACCUCCAUCGACACCUUUAGCUCUCCUCUAUUUUUAUCAGUGUCCUAUGACUGUGCUGCACAGCUGGUGUUGUCCUGUCACAUGUAGGUACGGUGGUGUCAGACAAUAUAAGGACCGCUGCUUGUCUCAUCUGACUGUAAAUCCUUUAGUCUGUCAUACAAGAUUCAUGCCCUUCCCCCCCUUGUCCUCCUACGCCCUUCACCUCCCCCAACUGUCACACCCUCAGUGGGUGAGGGAAUAUGUAUCGACCCAUCUGUUCAACAGCAGCAUAUUGCCAGGCUGGUGGGAGAUAUGAAGAGCCACGAAUUAGGUUUAUCAUUUGGUGCCACAUCUAACUAGUAGGAUAGGGUCCUCAACAAGAGUUUCUGUAGUGAGGAGGUUAGUGUCAGCGCUCUUUGUAAAGUGUGGGUGGACUUGGUUGGUGGUUCCAGAGCUUCGUGUAUGUGGGAAAGUCACGGCAUAGCAGUGAGACCGGUCACGCUUGUUUUAAUGAUGGAUGGUAUGUGGGAGGUUAGAUUCUCUCAGCGCUGCAGGGAGUCACUGUGGGCUGUGUAGCAGGCAGUUGUGAUUGAUGCCAUUUCUCCUUCCAUCUUAUUCACUUUAUCUCCUCUAUUGCAUCUUUUCUAAUUUCUUUCUCUGCACUUAGUGGGCAGAAACACACAGUAGGAGGCCUGUUACUCACAGUGCUAGAAGUGAAAACACGCUCAUGCACACAUGGACUCACGCACACAUGGACUCACGCACUGAACUCACAGGCAACAUGUGCAGAAAUAUUAGUGGCAAAGUGAGUCUAAAGCCUCAACUUCUAAGUCUUUUUUGUCAUAAAUAGUUUCAGUGCUUUUACGACAGUACAAAUUCUGAAUCACUUUAUCUGUACAGUAACAACUAGUUAUUUGUUUUUUUAUCACUUGUGAAACAUGGUAUCUCUAGUAGUUGAGUAAGAUUAAAGGUACUGAACAACAUGUAGAAUUGAACCUGGAGAAGUGUGGAGUACACAGGACAGUAUGAGAGGACCAGUGGGAUGCUUGAUAGCACAGGAAAUCACACAAACAUACAUGUUGACAUGAAGCAAAAAGAUGUGGAUUCAUAAACUAAGCUCUGACUGGAACCGCUUCAGCAUGAACUGUCAGUGCUUUUUCUUCUCUUAUGCUUGCAUUGAGAGCCUGUUGCAAAAGAAUGCCUAAUCACAAAUUAAUCAUGAAACAGACACUAAUGUAGAAAGAACGGGCAGUAAAGUAUACGUAACUUUGUACAGCUUGAAAAUAGCUCAGUGCUAAAAAGAGUUUAUUUUCCCAGCUGUUCAAAUCUGAGGCACUUUUACAUGUCUUCUAUGACUGUCAGCACAAUGUUCUUCCAUGGUACCUUCUUCAUGUAGCAUGAUUUAAAGUUUUUCAAAAGAUCUUAGUACUAAGGUUCACGUUGCUCCACUAAACAAUCACCAACAAGGUGCUCAAAACUUCUGGGAAACACCUUUGCUACGAACAAACUGACUGACAUGAGAAACACUGUCAUCUGUUUUACAUUGACCUUUAUCUAUAAAUAACACAGCUUGUUUGUCAGCUAUAAGAUUUGUAAUUUGCAUCAUAUUUCAUUGCUUUGUGUUUUAUCCAGUUUCUUCUUAAGCAUUUCCAGCCAAACCGUUUUGUGAUGUAUUUGCUUCUGAACAUUUCCUAUAUGUAGACCUGUUAUCCACACAGGCUGACUAUGUGACCCUCUGUCUGAAUAAGCCACAGUCAGUCACUUGAGAAGUGCAAUAUCAAUAUAAAGAAAUACACAAAUACAAAAAUUAUGAAUCUAGUUAAAUGUGAUGAUUUCAGACUGAUCAAUGGCUGAGCGAUGAACUUAUUAAAAUGCUGCAGUUGUUUUCACACACGUGUGGACACACUGUCCCAACGAUACCUUUUUGCCUUUAAUCCUACCAUUUUGACUUCUUCAAUUUUUUUUUAAAUUGACCUUUC